AUUUUCCUCGCUCCUGCCUGAUCUCCUUGUCUGACUGUCCAGGAUGGUGGAAGGACCUGGCUGCACUUUAAACGGGGAGAGGAUCAGGAGCCGAGUGAGGAAAGGACAGCGAGUUGUGGAGCUGAGAGGGAGUUUGAUCACUCAAGUAAACGGACAGGUUUCCUGUCAGGAUGGAAUCCGACUGCUCAAAGGAAAGGUUUACACUGGUGUGGAGACAUUGGGCAAAGAACUUUUCAUAUAUUUUGGCCUAACCACAUUAAGGGUACAUUUUGGUAUGAAUGGUUCAUUGUGUAUCAAUUCAUCUGAGAGAAGGCACAAGGUUGGAGCCACAGCAGUUCUGGAAAUCCAGCUGUCUAAUGAUUUGAUUUGCUUCUUUGACUCCACCGUGGAUGUCAGGAAUGCAUCUGAGUGCAAGCAGAAAGUAAAAUUAUUUGAAGAACUGGAUGUUUGUUCAGCUAAGUUCAAUUGCUCUCGAGCUGAGAAUGAAUUGAAGCAAUAUGGUGCUCGUAUGAUUUGUGAUGUGCUCUUGGACCAGACUGUGCUUCCUGGAGUGGGAAAUAUCAUCAAAAAUGAAUCAAUGUUUGAUAGUGGCUUCCAUCCUGCUGUGAAGAUUUGGCGGUUAUCAGCUGAGCAAAUCCACCACCUUGUAAAAAUGACUCGUGAUUUCACACUUCUGUUCUACAAAUGCCGUAAAGUGGGGUCAGCCUUGCAUAAGCAUUACAAAGUAUACAAGCGUUCCUCAUGUGGACAGUGCAAUGGCAAAAUCACUGUCUGCCGCCUCGGUGAGAAUAAGCGAAUGACCUAUUUCUGCUCCCACUGUCAGAAGGAAGAUCCCUGUCAGGUUAAUCUUAGCAGUAACUUGCCAAAGCGGAAUAGCCUGAUAGGCUGGGCAUAUGGCUUUGGAGAUCAUUCUACUGACACCAUUGCCAAAAAAGAGGAGGAAGAAUGGACAUGUUCACUUUGCACAUUAAUAAAUGCACCAUCAGCCGAGUCAUGUAAUGCCUGUUUGACGCAGAGGCCUGUCCAGGAACCUUCUCUUCAGAUAUCUGACUUUGACACUGGCCUCAUAAAAUACCCCUGCAAUAGUUUUGGUAAGCCUCUGGUGGAGUGGAAACUGAAUCGGAAGGCAGCAUUUGGUACAACAACACUGGUUCUCACAUCACAAAGGAGCCCUGCAGAGAGCCACACAUGCAGUUUCUCAGCGGGCGAUGAAAUGAAAAGAAAGACGCCAUUAUCACUUGGAAAUCCUUCACGUCAAACUUUGUCUUCCAUUGAUAAUAGUUCUGCAGAUGGAAUGAACUCAAACCUCUGGGUGAAUGGUCCCUUUCAUAACAAUGCAAACCAAAUGGCCAGCAAUUCAACGUCAUUUGGCUGUACCAACCAAAAUUUAUUUCAUCAAUCUCCCAAAAGAAUGAAAAAGGACCAUUGUUCAUCUUUUGAUUCCAAAACAAGCACUACAGUUUCUGUUUUCAGGGACCCUGUUAACAUGAAUGAUGACACAACUCCUGUAAAUCCUGCAAUUCUAUGUUGCAAAAAGCAUAAUCGUCCGUGCACAUUGAGAGUGGUCAAGAAAGAAGGCAACAACAAGGGGAGGCAAUUCUAUGUGUGCUCUCUACCUCAAGAAUCCCAGUGUGGCUACUUUGAAUGGGCUGACUUACAUUUUCCAUUCUGCAAUCAUGGAAAACGAUGCAUCAUGAGGACAGUGCUGAAACUUGGACCUAAUAAUGGACGUAAUUUUUACGUGUGCCCACAAGGAAAGGACAAGCAGUGCAAUUUUUUUCAAUGGGCGAAGGAUGGACCAGGCGUCAAGAUCAUUCCAGGCUGCUGAAAGUCGACCUGCACUGCUGAGGCAAGCAUUUACAGAAUUGUUCCACUGACCCAAGCACCAGAAAAUGAAGAAAUCUUUUGAAUUACAAUUUUAAAAUGUUUUCAUAAAAAUGUAUGUUUAUUUUGCUGAAUCUUUAUUUUGAGUUUACAUUAUGAUAACGCUCCAGGCCUCCUCCCCACUGCCCCCCUCCCCCCCCCCCCCUCCAGUAGACCUGCAUAA